AAGCAGAAGCAGGARCAGAAGCAGCUACAACAAAACCUCCUGAGAUUCUUGCCAGUAGUUCUGAGGCCUUGGAAGCUUACAAAGAAGCCCUUACAAGGGGUAAAACAAAAAAUAGGCGUGUGCUGGUAACAGUAGUAGGACCACCCCGUGCAGGAAAGACAAGCCUGUUGAAAUCUUUAAAAGGAGAGGAGUUCGAUGCUUCUGAAGAGAGCACUAUUGGAGUUGUAAUUCAGAAGGCCUUUUGCAUACCGCAAGAUAAUUUUUGGCUUGAGGAAGAUGAUGGCAAAAAUGAAUUGUUAUAUAAUCGCAUUGCUGAAUGUAUGGCUCAGAACCUCAAAAGUAAUCAGACAAGAGAAGGCAAACUAGUCGCUGAGACUGCUACCAAUUAUCAAGCGGUUGCCGACCAUCAUGCAAAUCAACAAGGUUUAGAACAUGAAGWACCUGAAAUUGGAGAAUCAGUAAAAGAAAGUACAAGCGGGUUACAAGAAUCAAUUUUUAAUGAACUGGUUCAAGUUCCAAAAGAAAUACGACAUUUGCUUGAAAAACACAUCAGGGACACUAAGAAGGGCGGCCAGAGAACAAACGAAAACGAAAUUUCCUUAAAAACACUUGAUUUUGCUGGACAACAAGUCUAUGAAGUCAUUCUCCCGUUAUUUAUAUCUUCAAAGUCAAUCUAUAUAUCCGUUCAUAGCUUAGAAAAUGACCUUCUUUCUGAUGCGCAGCCAAAGGUAAAACAUGGCAACUCAGAAAGGAAACUCAAAAAUCCUUUUAAAAUGACAUAUUUGGACGCUCAAGAGUUUUGGCUUUCUUGUAUUUUAUCGUAUACGAACUUGAAAAAGGAAGUUGACUCUGUUGACUACAGAACCCAAGUGGCAUUGCCACCAGUAUUUGUAGUUUGCACUCAUGCAGAUGUUUGUAAUCAAGACCCGAAGAAAGUUUCUCGAAAAUUGUGUAAGAUUUUGACGCGUCCCGAAAACUCCUAUGGCAAGCACGUUGUACCAAAUGUCUACACCGUUGAUAACAAAUUAUCAGGAAACAAAGAAGUAAAGGAUGAAUCUGCCAAAAGAUUGAAGACGGAUGUUGAAGAACUAUCUAAAUUGCUUCCCCAAGUAAAUGAAGAUAUUCCAGUCAGCUGGCUGCAAUUUGAGGAGGAGCUUUCAAGACUUGUAGAGAAAGAGCAGAAGAAGUACGUURRUUUGGAAGAAGCUAUGAGGAUCGCUACCCAAUGCAACGUCAACACAGCCACAGAAUCCAUCGAGUUUACGACACUGUUAAACUACCUACAUGACUUAAAAACAAUCAUUUACUUUGAAGAAACCAGAACAGUAUUCAUCGAUACGCAGUGGCUGGUCGAUAUGUUUGUUAAGGUCAUCACAGUCAUGCCAUUUGAAGAAUGGAAGAAGUAUGCUGCUUAUUGGAGAGAACUAGAAGACGAGGGUAUUUUACAACGAGCUCUAGUAGAGCAUGUGUGGAGUGACAUAGCAAGUGAUGGCCAAAACACAGUUGACUCUUUGCUUCUGAUCAUGGAGAAGUUCUCACUGAUUUGUCCGUGGAGGCUGAAUAAAGAACAAGUGUACCUUGUUCCUUGUAUGUUGUGUAACAGCAAGGGAACUGAGGACAUCGAGAUGCUGCUAGCUGACCAGAAAUCUUCAACAAUGCUCAUUCGUUUCGAGAGUCUUCACCUGCCUAUGGGCAUCUUUCCAAGGUUGUUUGUAGCACUUGCUGAACAUGGCAAGAAGGAAUGGCCAAAAGUAAGUCUGCCAAAGCUUCGUCCGAACUUUUGCAGUGCUUCGUUCAUUCUCUUUUGCCGGUUGGCCUGGGUACCAGACAAAGUCUACUAUGGGUUCAUUCCCUGGCUCUCAGUCUGGAGGCUCGGUUACCAUGUUCAUUCCUAGUCAGGAAAAUGUUCUACAAUAUUUUUCUCCAUUUUCGCAUAGACUGGAGCUUUGCUUGUUGUCCCACUUGUGAUGCACAUCGCCAACUAUUCCGGCCAUGCGCCGCUUGGUAAGUCAGCGGAUAUCAUGUAUAAAAUAGAAACCACAGGAAGCCCAAGCUCUCUCAGGCCCGGACUUAAAGAAACAAAACAUUUUGCUACGGUAUUCCUGUGCUUUAAUAGGUAUCCUAUUACAAACGAUGGCAAACGAGAGCUGAGGAUUCAAGCUUUAUUUUGGUACCAAACAUGCCGUAUUUUGCGAAUAAUUUUCAAGGUUUUUACUUCAAAAAGUGCCUAUUCUUGAAGAAAGGAUCUCACAAAUACUCGUCUCAAAUCGGAGCUUUUAGAAAGUAAAAAACGAAAAGUAUAAAUUCGUUCAAUCGACCACAGAUUCGACAUCAGUAAUUUAGAAUGUGUGUAUUUUAUGGAUCCACCCCGGCAAAUGAGGUAACU